AUGGGAGCAGUGGGUGACCUGUCCUUGGGCAAGCUGCUGACCAUGGGAUACAGCUGGCGCGGGGCCCUGACCUGCUUCGGCGGCUGCGUGGCACUGCCCCUGCUGGGGAGCAUUGUGAUGCUGCACAGGCUUGUGCCCAAUGUCCACGAGCACAGCGAGACUUCCGGUGUUAGCUACAGUAGCAAGUGGCGGCGAUUGCUGAGUGACCUCAAUGCCUGGCUGGCUCUGCUGCUGCUGACCGGCGGGGGCUGCAUUUGGGCGCUCGCAGGAUACCUCGCCGUUCUCCUGAAGCAGAAGUUCGAGUUGAGCAGCGGCCAGUCGGCCAUGGCGGCCAGCAGCUUGUUGGCGGGCACCUUCCUGGGCCUCCUCUUCGCAGGCGCUGUGACCUUGGCGAAGGGCCGCAGCAUGGGGCGGUCGCUGCAGCUGAUCCAGGCCACCUUGGGCUUCGUGGCCUUCGCGGUCCUGGAGGUGAUCGUGAAGCCAAACCUCCCGGUGACGGUGACCUGCUUGUUGCUGGCAGGUGCUGGUUGUGGGCCACUGCUCUACUUGCCCUACACGGCCUAUUGCUCCGUGGUGCCCCGCGAAGAGCGGGCCUUUGCCAUGGGUGUGCUGGACAGCGUGUCCCAGGCGUCCACCUGCCUUACGCGGAUCUACUUUGGGUAUCUGCGUAUUGUCGCGCCUCAACGCGCAGGCGACGUCAUGUACACCGUUUCCAUCGCGGGCCUGGGCAUCGCCGUGUCUGCCACGGGCUGGCUCUACGCGCGCCUCGCGAAAGCGGACCCUGCCUCUCGUCUGGCGCGGGCGCUGGCCGAGCUGACGCCGGACGGCAGCGCCUUGAGCCCCGAGACCUUGGAGGAGCGCGUGGCGGUGGUCAAGGCCGCAGGCAAGUGCUGGAGUGUGGACGCCGAGCGCGCCGCAAAGCGGGCGAAAGCAGCGGCGGCAUGA